UAUUGCAUUCAAAAUUGCAUAUAUGUAUAAAUAAAAAAGUAAAUAGCAACUUUCAUUUUAUUAAAAAUGUUAAAUUAUCUUUCAUGAAAAUUAGAUGCAACCUUGCCAGACUAAGUUAUUUGAUCUACCAUUUUGAGGUUAUAUACAAAUUCAAAAUAUGUAAAUAUUCAAAAAUGAAUCAACCAAGAGAAAUCAAAAAACUCAGUGAAGACGUAAUAAAUAGAAUUGCAGCAGGAGAAGUAGUUCAACGCCCUGCAAACGCUUUAAAAGAAUUGAUCGAAAAUAGUUUAGACGCACAAGCCACUAAUAUUCAAAUUGUGGUAAAAAACGGCGGUUUAAAAUUACUACAGAUACAAGAUAAUGGCACAGGCAUUCGAAAAGAAGACUUUCCAAUUGUCUGUGAACGCUUUACAACUUCAAAACUAAAGGAGUUUGAGGAUCUGAAUACAAUAUCUACCUAUGGGUUUAGGGGAGAAGCCUUAGCAAGUAUCAGUCACAUUGCACACUUGUCCAUAACAUCAAAAACUAAGAAUGAUAUUUGUGCAUAUCAAGGUAGGUUUGUGGAUGGUAAUUUGCAAGGCAAUCCAAAACCAACGGCUGGAAAUCAAGGCACUAUAAUUACUGUAGAAGAUCUUUUUUAUAAUAUGCAUGUAAGACAAAGGGCCUUAAGAAGUCCAGCUGAAGAAUAUAAUAAAAUUUUUGAAGUGGUUAGUAAAUAUGCAGUACAUAAUGCAGGCAUUGGUUUUGCUUUGAAGAAACAUGGGGAGAAUAAUGAUAUAAGGACUCCUCCAAAGUCUACUCAGAUUGAAAAUAUAGGUAUAAUAUAUGGGAAUGCUAUUACCAGGGAACUUAUUGAAUUUAGCUUGGAAGAUGAUAAUUUUAAGUUUAAGGCUCAUGGCUUUUGUACAAAUGUAAAUUAUUCAACAAAGAAAUUUAUUUGUCUAAUAUUCAUUAAUCAUAGACUUGUGGAUUGUUCAGCUCUUAAAAAAUGUUUGGAUCAGGUAUACAGUACAUAUUUACCAAAAAACACACAUCCUUUUGUGUAUAUUAGCUUGCAAUUAGAUCCAGGAACAGUAGAUGUGAAUGUUCACCCAACUAAACAUGAAGUGCAUUUCUUAAAUGAAGAUCAAAUAGUAGAUAUUAUUGCAUCUGCUAUAGAAAAAAAAUUACUUGGCACUAAUAAUUCCAGAGUAUUUUAUACACAGGCAAAACUACCAGGUGUGACAGUAGAACAUUUUAAUGUUAAAGAUGCAAUUUCCAAAGCAGAUAAAUCUAUCCAACCUAAAGAAUUUGUGAGAACCGACAGCUCUGUUCAAAAAUUAGAAAAAUUCUUUGGUGCCACUAGGAAGGUGCCAUCUGAAUCAAAAGAAACUGUGAAUCCAGAUGUUUCUUUAACUGAAGAUGAGUUUAAUAAACAACAUGAGCAAUUCUUAGAAAGAAAUGAAAAUUUUGAAAACCAGUUGCUUGAAAAAACAACAAUGGAGGAAGACGAUAUAGACGAAAAACCCAUUGUAACUGAAUCUAAAGUUGUUAAUUGCACACCAAGAAAAACAUCAAUUUUGAGUUUAGAAAAUGUAUUGAAUACUGAUAAAGUGAAAUCCCUUAAUAUAAUAGAAGAAACCUCAUUUGAAAAUGAAAUUAAUCAUAAAUCAAAGAGUGAUAAUGAUAGAAAACCAAAACUAAAUGAUAACUUGAAUUUCUUUUCUAAAAUUAACAGGGUGGAAACUAAUUUAUCAAGUGUACUUCGACUAAGAAAAGAAAUAGAAGAGAAUUGCCACAGAACAUUAAGAGAAACUUUUGCACAACUUGUUUAUGUUGGUCCUAUUGACACGCGGCAAGCUUUAAUUCAGCAUAAUACUAAACUAUUCCUCUGUAAUACGGAGAUAAUACUCAAGGAACUUUUCUAUCAGUUCAUACUAUACAACUUCCAAAAUUUUAGUGAAAUAGUAUUUCAAAAGCCAAUAUCUUUGUUUGACUUAUCAAUGAUAUGCUUGGACCAACCAGAAACUGGAUGGAAACCAGAAGAUGGUCCCAAGGAUGAACUCGCCCAAAAAAUUAUGGAGAUCUUAGUUGAAAAGGCAGAGAUGUUAAAAGACUAUUUUUCUUUAGAAAUCGAUGAGACUGGACAUUUAAUAGGAAUCCCUGUUUUAAUAGACGAUUAUAUCCCGGAUAAAGGACGUCUUCCCAAUUAUAUCGUCAGACUUGCCACAGAAGUAGACUGGGAGGAAGAGCAGUCUUGUUUCCAAUCAUUCGCCAGAGAAACUGCCGAAUUUUACGCCCAAGUUUCUGAUGCUCCAAUUGCAGAUGGAAAAGAUUGGAAAUGGGUUACAGAAUUCGUUUUGUUUCCAGCAAUAAGAGAUUAUUUUAUACCACCUAAAUCUUUCAUCGAAAAUGCGGCAAUCUUAGAAAUUGCAAGCUUACCAAACUUAUACAGAGUCUUUGAAAGAUGUUAGUUGAAUCGCCGUAUUGUUUUCUAGUUUAAGUUAUUUUUAUGUUUGUUUUUAUUAAGUUUACUUUAAAUAAAAAAUAUUUUGUA